UUUCAUUCUCAGAUUUCUCGCUAUUCCUUACACAAGAACUGUUGCAUCAGCAUGGAUACUAUUCAGAAACUUAAUGAAGAGCCAGUAUUCUGGAAUAACUUUAAAGUUCACAUAGGUUUGAGACGCCUUGGUGAAUGUCUGGGGCCGUUCAUCGAUGAGGAAAUAACGGCUUUCCACGAUAGAAUGAAGCAACAAUGCGGCUCCGCUCCGUGUGAGAAGAAAUGCGAGUUUUCAAACUGGGACUCCACGUGUAACCAACCGAUUCCUCCGUUUGAUUGCGAGGUGUGCACUACGUGGAGAGAUGAGAUACGGACUCACCACUCCAAUCAGAACGGAAAAGUGAUGUGGACGAACAGUAAACCUCACCUGUGGUCCCAAGAUAAAUGGCAAGUGGCUAAAGUGUACAUGUCAAAUGGUCAUAAGAACCAUAACUCACUUGGUGAUUUUGACAUUGCCGCACUUCUGUGUCUCAUGAAUCAAUGCAAGCACUUCGAGAAGUUUAAGCUCAGAGGGCUGUGUGAAGAGGUUUCCUUUGUCCGGAACAGUAUCAUGCAUUCUCCAAAUUACCAGCUGAAGCAAAAGGAUUUGGACAAUUACAUGACACGGAUCAGAAAACUGUGUAAAGUGCUGGUGAAACAUCAUCCCAACUUUGGAAGUCUGUCUCGAGAAAUCGAUGAGAUUCAGCGCCUUGACUUGAUCCUGUUUGCACGAGACAAUCAGGCUCAGAAUAAAGAGGAACUGGAGGAUAAACUUGUUGCUGCUCUGGAGGACAACAGAAAAGCAAAGAAAACUGAGGACUUACUUAGGAGGAAGGUGAAGAAGCUGGAGAAAACCCUCUCUGAGCGUGACGAGGAGAUAAAGACUCUGCGUUUCUCCUGCAAAGAAAAGCUGCAGGCUGUCAAGCAGAAGGUCAUUGAUGAUAUUGGGAUGAAGGUGGUGAAGAUUAGAGAGAAGUUUCAGCAAGAAAUCUUGCAGGAGGCCAUUAUAGUUAUCUGCACGAAGAUGGAGAUAUUUCUGCUAGAGAGGGCUCUUUCCAAAAAUGAGGCCGUGCUCCCUGAUUGGCCUGGGUGCUGGGACAGCUGAUUGGCCAGAACGGAUGAUUUAAACACCAGCUGAUGCCGGCUCCCGCCCUCUCUCUCUCUCCCAUGUCCAACAAUGGAGGCCCAUCCUACUAGUCGUAGUGUGUGUUACAGUGUUAGUCAUGUAUAGAAGUAGUAAAGUGCUGCAUUUUUAAUGUCAGCCAGGUCUGCUAGGCAGGCUCUUCUCCAUUAGAUGAUAGUUCUCAUACAUUGCAAAUAUACACAAACUUAGGUAGCAGUUUAAUUCGUCAGAGUGAGAAGCCCCUUUUUUUGUGUGAACCUUUUUCUCCUGUUUUUCUUGAGUGGGAGUUAGGUUACGCCUUGUCUUUUGGAAGUUAGGGUGGGGGUUUAGUUCAGUUCUGUUUGUUGUUUUGGGCAUUACUCAACUCCGAAGUUCUGCAAAAUAAACUGUUACAGAGAA